AUGGCGGUGGCUGCCGCAACUCAUCCGCAGCUGCAGGGUCACCAUAGGCAGAUGGCGCAUUUCGGGUCCCCACCCAAUGGGCAAUUCGAUCAUCCCUUACUUGCUAGGCCGGCGGCGCAGCAGCAAGCUGUGCUUAGAAUGGGACCGCCGGUGCACAAUGCAGCGGUUCCAGGGUAUGUGGAGGAUUUGGAAUCGGCAAAUGGAAAUGGUGGAAGGAAAGUUCUGGCUCCGUUUCCUACUGGAGAUGAUUGA